AUGUCCACGAAAGCUUCACCCGCCUCGGAGAAUGGGACGCUGAGGCCAGUCGCCGUCGGUCGUACUGUUCAAAAGACAAGCCCGCGUGUUCCAGAUGUCGUGACAGCGGGUUGGUCUGUACAUAUGAGGGAGCUCGAAAGAUAUUGGUCAAUGAAGCAGCGCAAGGCGAAAGCCCUUGACAGUCAGUACUUGCCAUCAGUCAGCCAUGCUUUCAAACAACCAGCUAAAAACAAAAAUCAAGAAUAUACCGGACACCAAGCAACCACAAGUGCCAACCUAGAACCUGGCAAUAACAGUUUAGAUGGGGAUGACGAUGACGACUUCGAAGAUGCCGAGCCAUUGUUCGAAUCUUUUACUCACCUUCGCCUCAACCGCCCCUCAACGAGCUUCCAGGGACCAGCAUCUUCUGACGCCUUUCUUCGCAAUGUGGGCAAAUUCACUGGUCUCGGCGACGAGCACGACGGCUUGGACAUCGAUCCCAGCCUUUGUGAGCCGGUGACACUGCCCUCCAAGAAGCGAGCUUUCAGCCCGCACAUACGCCUACCUCCUAUGCACGUCGCGCGGCGCCUUUUUGCUGCUCAGUAUAGCUUUAUUGGGCCCAUCUUUGCCUUUACCGAGUCUAAACAAGAAUUCAAUGAAUUUCUGCUCAAGGCAUACAGUGGUCUGCCAGAUCCAGCUGAUCGGGAGGGCUGCCUGAAGUAUGCAAAACUUCUUCUCAUACUCGCAUUCGGCCAGAUGUACUCUGUAAACCAGUGGGUCGACUUCCGAGGACCGCCUGGAUUCGCGUACUUUUCGGAGUCGUUGAGUCUUUUGCCCGAGACGCACGAGGACGGGUCCUUGCUCUGUGUUGAGACACUGGCCUUGGCAGGGUACUUUCUCCAAAAUAUGAACAAGAGAGAUGCCGCGUUUCAGUUCAUCGGGCGCGCUCUCAGAAUGGCCAUUUCUCUGGGGCUCCAUCAUGAGGUUCAAACCAUUUCCAACACUGCGAGCCGACCUCUGCAGCUGGAAUUGAUGGAUGACGCCGCACAGGAGCAUAGACGAAGAGCAUGGUGGUCAGUCUAUAGCCUAGAUCGAAUCUUGUCCGUGAAAUCGGGCAACCCAAUCACAAUACAGGACGAGGACAUUGGCGUCCGGCUGCCCUCGCGACUGCCCUCGGAGCCAGAAUAUUGCCCUGCCAUCGUGCUGAGACAAUACACCAAAUUGUCCACGAUCCUCGGCGAAAUACACAAGAAGAUAUACCACAAAACAAAUAGGGCCGAAACAAAGUCGGGCAAGACUCUCAUGGCUUCGGUCCAGAGGAUUUUGAUUAAUCUGUCCAACUGGGAAAGCGAGCUCCCCUCUGGCUUGCGUUUUGAUCCUGAUCGAUUGAGCAUUGGACGAGAAAGUGUGAGCACAUUAGCACACUACUAUCAGUGCAUCAACAUGACCAUCCGCCCGCUGCUUUUCCAUGUUGUCAAGGAGAGACUGGCCCUCAUUCGAAAAAGACCCGAGGCUCGAAUCAAAGAAACGGACUGGAAGACGGGAUUCUCGCAGACAACGGUCAAGGUGAUUGAGAUGUGUAUUGGCGCCGCGCUUGACAGCAUCAACAUCAUGAUAAUUGCGUCAACGAAGGAUCUUGUCGCCACGUAUGGUUACAUGGACGGCGAGCACAUAUUCUCCGCCACGAUAGUCCUUGUCAUGGUGUGCGCCGCCUUCCCAACAAAUGCGGCCAACAUGUCCGCCAUGAACACCGGGCUCGGACUCCUCCGCACCAUGUCCGAACGGGGCAACACGCACAUGGGCGCUCGCUACGAGGUUCUACUACGCCUCCUCGCCGCGGUCAUGCCCGACGACUAUUCGGUAACCGUCAGCGCUGCGACCCCUCCGCCACACUUAGCGCUCUUCCUCGCGCCGCCCGCCGAUCCGUCGGCGUUCCUGGCCGCCGCGGCGUCGCUGGGCGGGGCCGGAAGCGCGGACGCCAACACGUACCCGCCUCGGUUCCCCGCCAUGGACAUCCAGACGCUGUCGGAGCCCUUUUACGACGAGGGCGGCGCGGCGCGGAUGGAUUUUGGGCUGUGGGAGGAAGGCUUUGCGUAUCCAACUAUGGACUUGGAUCUGGACUUAGCCGGGCAGCAGCCGUGUACGGAUCUGACGAGCGACGGUGGCUUCGGGCACUAG